UACAAGAAGAAAAAUAUUGUAUAAAUUGAUUGUUGGUACUUUUUUUUUUUUUUUUUUUUAAUCAUUCCAAGUUUAUCGGAGAAUGUUAUUGUUUCUCGGUGGAUGUAUAGUUUCAACACGGAUAAUCUCUGCGAAACCGCAACUGCAGGCUGUGCUCAACUGAUUUACCAUAAGUGCAGGCGAGGAGAAAAAAACCAAUUAAUUCCUCAAAGUGUGUAUAUCUCUCGUUCAAUAUCAGUAUGCACGUAUAGCCGGUGGAAGGGGAAAUCGGUAUAUGUCGAAGAUUGGCUGCUGAAUCCGGUUAUUGGUAGUGUACAACUGUAGUCCGAUGUUUUCCUCCUCUGGCGCGGUGUAUUAUCUUCUACUCGAGCGCGGAGGACACUCGGACAACACCCUGAUGUGACUGUUUUCAUACUUCUAGAGCAUCUUUAUAGAUCUACGAUCGAUAGUAAACUUAUAGGAAAAAAAAAAAAAAAAUGUGUCGAUACAAGCAUCUCUUCGCGCUGUCACUUUUCAUCUCGGCGUCGUUGUCGCAAGCCCAGCACACGAUGAACUUGAACAUGUGCACCAACAACGAGACCGUAGCUCUUACCAUAACGAGUAACGGUGCCGAAGGAGGAUCGAGUUGCCAGUGCGAGGUAACACCGGCCCAGGAGCCGCCGUCCAAGUUUGGAUACAUUCACACGCCCGGGGUGGGCUCGCACAAACUGCACACGGAGGCCAAGACGUGGAACGAGGCUCGGAGAAUCUGUCUCGAGGAGGGCGCCAAUUUGGCUAUUAUCAAUUCCAAGGUCGAGGAAUCGGUGCUGGUGGACAUACUGAAACGUUCCCAGAGUAUAAUCAGAGGGGGACUGAAUACCGAGGAGGCGCUGCUGGGCAUUCACGACUUGUACAACGAAGGGGAGUGGGUGACAAUUUUCGGAGAUACCAUAUACAACAGCGGGUACUAUCACUGGUCGCCGACUUACUUUGGUGGACAGCCUGACAAUUUUCGGGGGUCGCAAAAUUGCGGCGCCAUCAUCAACGUCGGGGGGAUGGACGAUGUCGAUUGCGGGGAAAAAUUUGCCUUCUUUUGCGAACUACCCAUAGCUUGUACGAGAUCGUGAAACGACACUUGAUUAGUGGCGAUUUUGCUAAAAAAAAAAAAAAAAAAAAAAAAAAAUUUGUUAAAGGUU